UGAAUAUAUAAAGGGGAAGGUGAAAUGCUGAGGUAGUUUAUUUGAGAAGAGAUUUGAUAUGAUCACGAUGAUAAAAUUGAGUCUCCUGCUUCUCCUGCUCUCCCACUCGGCCCGCUGCAUGCUGCUGGGAUGGGUGGAGUCUCCGGGGUAUCCCAAUGGAUACCAGCCCCACGCCAGUAUGAACUGGAGCAGGUGUGCCCCCGAAGGUUACACCCUCUCCAUCAGACUCCUCCACCUGGACCUGGAGGACAGCCAGGACUGUGAAAAUGAUGCCGUGAAGAUCUUUUCAAAUAGAAACUUGAUUUCUGUUCUGUGUGGCCAAAGGGACUAUGAGGAGCUUCAGUCUGUGGUAAAUCCUUCACUUGUCUCUUUCCCGGGCGGCUGUCUCUCUCUUUCUUUCCACUCAGACUACUCAAACAUCAAGAGGCACGGAGGCUUCAGAGGCUUUUACACAGUGCAAGACUUUGACGAAUGUGAGGACGACCCAGAAAAUGGAUGCAGUCAGUUCUGCCACAACACCAUUGGAGGGUACAGAUGCUCCUGUCGCCAUGGUUACCACCUGGGAACGGAUAAACACACUUGCACUGUGAGUUGCGGUAAGGAUCUGUCAGGACUGAACCAUGGCGUCAUAUCCAGUCCCUCCUGGCCCGGUUCGUAUGGGGAGAACGCAGACUGUCGGUACACCCUGUCUGUGGAGGCCGACCUGCAGUUGGAGCUGCACUUCUUAGGGGUGUUUGAUGUGGAGCAGAGCCCUGAUGGUCAAUGCAUAGAUGCACUGACGAUUGAGACUCCCUCUGGGACUAUGGGACCGUUCUGUGGUCACACGCCUCCCCAGUCUCCCUUCCUCACCCACUCACAUAGUGUCGUCAUCCGCUUCACCUCAGAUGGCUUCGGCACCAACAAAGGGUUCAACUUGCACUUCAAGACCAGAGGAAAGGUCUGUCCAGCAGUGGUCACCUCACACUCCACUGUGACUCCUCAGAGACCAGAGAAUCACCCGGGUCAGACGGUGAAAGUAACCUGUGAUCUUGGACAUAUUGCGAAUACUCAAGGCAUCCUGGCCCUGUCAUCGCAGUAUGAGACGACGUGCCAGAGAAAUGGCAUCUGGGUCCCUAGUUACCCCUGCGAACCUGUGAAUUGUGGUCGUCCUGAUAUCCCAGAAGAUGGCAUCCUUCAGUUGGUGGGCUCAGAAAACUCACACACUUGGUAUAAAGACCAGAUCCAGCUGACGUGCAGUUCAAAGUACUACACACUGGAAGGAGACGACACAUACACUUGCAGUGCCGGUGGUAAAUGGGUAUCAGGCGGUGGAACAUCACAGAUGCCGAAAUGCACUCCAGUCUGCGGGACGCAUGAAAAAGCCCCAGUGAAUGCAGGCAGAAUUUUGGGAGGUCGCAAUGCAAACCUGGGAGAAAUACCUUGGCAACUUCUAAUAAAAGAACCAUCUAGAGGAGCAGCAACACUGAUCAAUGACCGAUGGGCCGUCACAGCAGCACAUGUAGUGGAGAAUUUGGAAGAAACCUCUUUGCGCCUGUAUGGUGGAUUGAUAGAUGGAAGGACAGCUAAUCAACGGCCUGGUGUGGCUGUCAUGGAGAGUGAGAGGAUCAUAAUUCAUCCCGGCUACAGCAGAGGUGUUUCUUCUCUGACUCGCACCAGUUAUGACAAUGACAUUGCUCUGAUCAGAUUAGCCUCCAGAGUGAAUUUUGACCCCAACCUCCUUCCCAUAUGUCUGCCGGAGGGGAAGAGGGGCUUGGUGGAAAAUGAGCAAGGGACAGUUUCAGGCUGGGGGAUGACAGAAGGGAGGAGCAGCAGCCUUGUGACGUCUCGUAUGCUGAAAUACGCUGAGAUCGGGGUCUACUCCCUCAGCAAUUGUCAGAUCACACCUCGCACAUCAAAUGGCAGCCCCAUGAUUUUCACUGACAACAUGUUCUGUGCCGGAGCAGAAGGGACGGACAGCUGCCAAAAAGACAGUGGGGGUCCGUUUGUAAUACCAGCGAUGUCUUCAGGAACAGGGCCGUAUCGUCUGGUUGGUAUCGUGUCCUGGGGUCCCCCCUGUGAGGAGAGGAAGUUCAAGGGUUAUUAUACCAAAGUUGAGAAUUAUGUCGAUUGGAUCAAGGAGACAAUAGAUAAGGUGGAGAAUUCUUUAUUUAAUCCAGAGAUGGGGUUGACCUUCUGUAUCGUUUGGUUUCUGUUUGCGUUGGUUUGUGAGUGUUGGACGCUGCCAGACUCCGGGCCUCUGAUGCACGGUGAGGUCCAGUCUCCCGGGUAUCCGCAGCCUUACCCUCCCAACCUGCAGGAGCAGUGGGACCUCAGUGUGCCCGAGGGCUACCGGAUCCGACUUACCUUCACACACAUGGACAUCGAAGCUUCUGCAGGCUGCGUCUACGACUCCCUCACAGUUCUCAAUAAUGGAAAGGUGCUGGGAAAGUUUUGUGGCUCUGACAACUCAGCUGAUGGGCACCACCCUGGCAACCACCCCAUCUUGUCUUCAGGCAACAGACUUACCCUCAUCUUCCAGACAGAUAACAACAACCCAGAGCGCCACCAGAAUGUGGGCUUCUCUGCUCAUUAUCAGGCGAUAGACAUAGAUGAGUGUUCUGCCCCUGAAGAUGCCUCAGGUCCGCUCUGCACUCAAAUCUGCCUCAACACACUCGGGUCUUACAUCUGCUCCUGUCGCCACGGCUACGAACUUCGCUCAGACCAGCGCAGCUGUGUUUUGUCCUGUGGUGGUGGUAUUUUUGACGAGCCAGAGGGAUUUCUUUUCAGUCCAGGAUAUCCUAAUGCCCCACCUUACGCCGUGUCCUGUCAGUACUUCAUUUCUGUAGAACCUGGCUUCACUGUGUCUCUCAACUUCUCUGACAACUUCCACAUCGAGAGUGUGGACACGCAGCAAGGCCCAAGCUGUCUCCAUCACUGGUUGCAGGUGAGCAUUCCGGACAGAGAUCACAUAAAGCUGUGUGGUGCAAAGAGUCCAGGUCUGUUGGUCACAAACUCCAACACUGUCAAGCUGGAAUACUACACUGACGACCAAGGCCUGAGCAACGGCUGGAGCCUGGACUACACCACACAGAGGAUGCAGUGUCCAUUUCCUGGUAACGUGGCCAAAGGCAGAGUCACGCCGAUGUUGACCGAAUAUUUCUACAGAGACUAUAUCCAUGUGCGCUGUGCCCAAGGAUACAAGCUGAUGAUGGAUGGUCAGGAGCUUGAGAGCUUUUCUACCAUGUGCCAAAGCAAUGGACAGUGGCACCUUCGUCUGCCAGAAUGCCACAUAAUUGAUUGUGGAGAACCUGAACCCCUGCUGAAUGGUGGAGUGACCUUCCUCUCUGGCUUUCAGAACCAGUACCGUUCUGUCAUUCAGUACCACUGUAAUGAACCGUUUUACUCGCUCCUUGGGGGCAUGAAUGUUAGCUCAACCUGUGAAUCAGACAGAAAGUGGAGAUCCAACCAUGGUGAUGUUGUCAGCCCAACAUGUCUACCAGUUUGUGGUCGGCCAACACAACACCUCUCUGCCUAUCAGAGGAUCAUUGGAGGCAACAUUGCUCCAGAAAAUACCAUCCCCUGGCAAGUGCUAGUGAGUGUAAAUGGAGGAAGAGGAGGAGGCAUGGUGAUCGCAGACCGCUGGAUUAUGACCGCAGCUCAUGUCGUAGUACAAGAGGGAAACUCUGCAUCAAACGACACUAUACGGAUUUAUAUGGGACUUACUGAUGUUCGGACCUUGACGAUGUCUCCUGUUUAUGCUGCCUCAGUCCACAUUCAUCCUGAAUACAACAACCCCAGAUUCAUAGAAUACAACAACGACAUUGCCUUAAUCAGACUGCAUGACCCGAUCACAUUCAGAGCAUCAGUUAUGCCCAUAUGUUUGCCAGCGCAGGAUACAUAUGUCACUGGCAUGAUGGGAGUGGUGUCAGGUUUUGGCAUUACAGAAAUCGACAAACGACGGAUUUUAACAAAUAAGCUGAAGUAUGUGCACCUCCCUGUGGUGGACCAGGAGACAUGCAGUAAAUCAGUUGAUUUGUAUAAGCAGGGAAGGAGCAACGUACCAAACCUGACAAACAACAUGUUUUGUGCUGGAGUCCCUGAAGGAGGGAAGGACUCCUGCCAAGGUGACAGUGGAAGCCCCUACGCCCUGAGUGACAACGGACAGUUCCGGGCUGCAGGGAUUGUCAGCUGGGGGGUUGACUGUGGAAAGCAGGGAACAUAUGGAGUCUACACCAAAGUCGCUAACUACGUGGACUGGAUCGAGAAGACCAUGCAGGAGAAUUAAGAUUUACAAGUAAUUCAUGAUGAGAAAAUUGCAAAAUCUAAAACAAAACGAAUUUUGUUCUAAAUAAAAAAAAUAAAAAUAAAA